AUGUUACUGUUGCUGGACAACUACGACAGUUUCACUUACAACCUCUACCAGUAUCUCGCUGAGUUGGGUGCAGACGUUACGGUGAUCCGAAACGACAAGAUAACGAUUCCCGAGAUCCAGGAAAUGGCGCCGUCUGGGAUCGUGAUUUCCCCCGGACCCUGCACACCCAGCGAGGCCGGCAUAUCCAACGAGGUCAUCCAGCGCUUCGGACCGGAACUGCCGGUGCUUGGCGUAUGCCUGGGGCACCAGUGCAUCGGCGAGGCCUUCGGCGCUACCGUCGAUCGCGCCGGCGAGAUCCGGCACGGUAAAACCUCAUGGAUCCACCACGACGGAGCCGGUGUGUUCGCCGGUUUGCCCACGCCAUUUGAGGCCAUUCGUUACCACAGCCUGGUUAUCUAUCCUGAAACUGUGCCCGAGUCCCUGGAGGUGACCGCCUGGACCGACAACGGGCUGAUCAUGGGCGUCCGGCACAAGGAAUAUCCCGUUGAGGGCGUGCAGUUUCACCCGGAAUCCAUCAUGACCGCCGUGGGCCAUGACCUGCUACGCAACUAUUUGAAACGGGUGGACGCCUAUUGGAGCCAGGCCAGCGCCAGCGAAUCCACGGCCUGA